GUGGUUUAUAUGGCCACAAUAUCGACCCCUGAAAAAUAACCUUUCUAAACCUGGUUACUAAAUUUCUGAUUUAGUAACUGAUCAUACACUCUACCUUCAAAAUGAUCCCAUUCUUAUCCUGGCUGCUCCACUUCCAAUCCAGCUCCCUGUCAGUGCUCCAAUGUCCUUGGGCCCCUGCACCCUCAUAAGAGACCCAGAGGAAGUUCCUUGCCCUGGCUUCAGAUUGGUCCAGUCUGGCCAUUGUGGCCAUUUGGGGAGUGAACCAGCAGUUGGAGGAUCUGUCUCUCUCUCUCUCUCUCUCUCUCUGCCUUUCAAAUAAAUAAAUCGUUUUUAAAAAGAGAAAGGAUCCCAUUCUCCUUCAUUCUUUGUCUGGUCUUCAUAAUCUAGCAGUAAUAUAUUAGUACAGUAUGGUCACAAUCAUAACAGCAAACAAUCAUUUAGCCCUUCUUAUGCAUUACCCAAAAUACUUUAUAUAUUUUAAUAUUCACAGCAAUUGAACAAAUGAAGUUCUAUUAUCAUUCCUGUUUCCCAGAUGAGGAAACUGAGUGUCAGAGUGGUUAAAGACUUAGCCAGAAUCACAAUUACUAAGGAAAGAGCCGGGAUUCAUACCUAGACAGGUCCCAGAACCCCAGUUUGUAAACUGCACCCCUUUCCACUCAUUAGGAGUCUUACUAAGCUCCCCACCUCGUCACUGUCACACCCUGGGUUUCAAUGUUUUCAUCUUUAAAAUGAGGAUAGUUGGGGGGAGGCCUUUAGUGCAGCAGUUAAGACAGCAUUUGGAAUGCCCACAUCCCAUAACGAAGUACCUAGGCUCAAGUUCCAACUCUCCUACCAAUUCCAGCUUCCUGAUAAUAUACACUUUGGAAGGCAGUAGGUGAUGGGUCUCUGCCAGUCCCAUGGAACACUUGGAUUGAGUUUUUGGCUCCUCACUUUGGCUCAGCCUCAACUCACCACUGGGCAUUUGGGAAGUAAACCAGUGGAUAGAAGGUCAUUCUCUCUCCAUGUGUGUCUCUCUGCCUUUCAAGUAAAUAAAAAUAAAUCAAAUAAAAAAUUUAAGAAUAGGGAUAAUUUAAGUUAAGCAUCUAGCCAUUACCUGUCACACUGGCACUCAAAAAUGCUGUUUCUGUUCCCCAGAGUUCCACACUGUCAGAAGAAAUCUGUGUUUGCUUCCUACAGUGUGGUAAUGAUGUGGCUUAAAGCAACAUAAAUUGGUUCUGGAGGCCAGAAGUCUGAAAUCAACAUGUUGGUAGGGCCGUGCUCCCUCUGAAGUCUCUACAGAGAAUGUUUCCCCAUCUCUUCAGCUGCUGAACAGACUCUCUGAAACUUGAAGCCAACCAUGGAUUUCAGACGUGUGAAGGACUAUUUCUCCUGGCUCUACUAUCAAUACCAAAUUAUUAGCUGCUGUGCUGUCUUGGAGCCCUGGGAGCGAUCUAUGUUCAACACCAUUUUACUAACCAUUUUUGCUAUGGUGGUGUAUACUGCCUAUGUCUUCAUCCCAAUCCACAUUCGCCUGGCUUGGGAAUUUUUCUCAAAAAUAUGUGGUUAUCACAGUACAAUUUCUAACUGAUCUGUUUUCAUUCUGUGAAACAGCACUGGAGAUUCAUAUAUCGCUUACAACUUAUUGAUUUAGGUGACUCCUAGGUCAUUCUUCCACUAUCUGAUCUGAAAGGCCCACCUCUGCACACACUCUAAUCCCCUGCCUGGAGUGUGAGACCAGUGUCUCUUUGGGUUCUCUUGUAUGUUGUACAUCAGACUACAGAUAAGACAAUGACUUUACCUCACAUACAAUCACCAUCUUCUCCCACCACAAUACAUGAUUUUAGGAGUUUUUUUCCACUAGCUCAAUUUCACUUAAAUUUUUCUGAAAAAUAGUCUCCUAAGAGACCUAUCAGAUCCUAUUUAAAAUGUUCUCUUGGUGGUUAUUCUAUACUGAAGAACAUAUUAUACGUACACACACAAUCUCUAUAGGCUACUGUCAAAAGUAUCCUAUACUUGUUUACAAUAUAUAAAAAGAUGUGAGUCAAUUAAAUGGACCCCCUAAAAUCUUAUUUUCUAAUGAACUGCUGAUAUCUGAAAUUCUUUUACUUCAAAUGCAGAAGAUAGGUUGGGGUAAUCAUUUCCUUUCAGACAUGAUUCCUGAAUAGUUUCCAAGGCCUCUAAAAGUCUGACUUUAUAAGGGUUUAAAAUCAACCAUGUUGAUUUUAGAUAACCAAGUAAGUAUUAUAAUACGAAAUAAUUUUAAGUGUAAGAAACGAAGUACAAUCAAAGUAAAUUCAGAUAUUGUGACUUGUGAUGUUCCUUGUUUUGCAUGAUGCUGGGGAAAAUGGAGAGAGAAACUGUUUUCUUUCUGUGCUUUCACUCAGUGGAGAAAAAAAAAGCAUGUACUGGGCUACAGAAUGAAAAGCUAAUAAAUAGGCUGGAAGUAAUAUUCUACCAGCAGGAACUCGACAGCUCCAGUUAAAUGCUUUGAUACAGUGAUUCCUUUGCAGAACAGAAACAAGAUUUAUUAAAUUUCUUUCAAAGUGUUUAUCUUAAAAAUAAAUAUGUAAUAUGUUUUUAAUUAUACUGCUGAAUCAAAUAUGAAUGCCAAAGACCAAGCUUUGCAGUUUUUCUUUCCUCUCAAUAAUAUUAGUGUUAGUAAUUCUGGAGGGUAAAAAUGUAAAUAGACUUUGGACAAUAUUUGCACCCUUGUUUUUGUUAUGGAAAAAAAAUUCCAAGGAGAGCUACAGAGAAAGAUGUAUGGUACACCAAAUUAACUUGCACAUUUGUGAAAAAAAAGCAUGUUUUGAAGAAAAGCUAGAUAUGAAUAUGUAUUUGUUGACUUUUGAAAAAUAAAAUAAAGUUUAAUUUUUAAGUAAAA